UCAAUAUUAGGCAUAUGCUUCCUGGCGUUUUUACUCGUUUACCUGUUCCUUGCCGCAUGGAUAAUCUGGUUGUUCUCACCGCUUACAUACCUCAAUGCUGUGUAUUUUUCAAUCACAUCAAUUUUUACGAUUGGUUUUGGAGAUAUACCGUCGCCGAUACCAAUUCCAUAUCUGAUUUUGUUCAUAAUUGUUGGUGUUAUAUUGGUGACAAUCACGGUUGAGCUGGUGGCAGCCGAAGCCAUCAAUCAUAUUCACUACAUGGGAAGACAUGUGGGCACUGCAAAACGAAUCGCCAACAAAAUGAUUCAACUGGCACAAAGUAUCAACAUGAAUCGUGGAAUAAUGCUGGGUCGUAGUCAAUUGGAGUCGUUAUCACGUUUCAAUUUAGCCACAAUCGGUAUUAUCGAUAAAAAAUUCGCCAAUUUAAAUCGACCCCAAAGCACAGAUCGGCUACGCAACACAGCAUUUCAUCCACUUAUCGUUAACGAUCUCGAAUUUAUGGAUUUGGAUAUGGCGCAUUCCGAAUAUGGGUCACCUAAAAAUUUUGUUCUAUCUUGA